AUGACGAAAGAGAAUGCUAUCAAAGGUGCAAACAAAUGUUGGAAGAAAGGAAAGAAAGGCAAGAAACGAUUAAAUCCGACUCACUUAACAGAAAAAACGUCUAAUCUUUGCCAGGAUCCAAAAGACUGUCAAGUGUCUUUUAAACCAUUGGGAUGCUUCAAAGACAAAAGCCACGCACGUGCUCUUCCUCAUUAUAUCUAUAAUGAGCGCGACGACUCCAUAGCCAAUUAUGGCGGGCAAAAGAUCGACUGGAAUGACUGGGAAAACUAUCUACCAGGGUUCAUCUGCCGCUGUGCCAAGAAAGCAAAAGAUCUGGGUUAUGACCUGUUUGGAAUGCAGCACUUUGGUGAAUGUUACGCUGGAAGCAGCUCGUCGGAUCAAUAUAACAGGUAUGGCCCGGGACAGUGCAAAGAUUGCGUUGGGACGGACAUGAACGACUGCAAUGGGAGAAAGUUUUGUGUAGGGAAGGAAUGGCGUAACAUGGUGUACAAGAUUGUCGAUUUAUGCAGUGUUCGUUUUGAGCGAAUCGGCUGCUUUCAUGAUAACAAAGAAGCCCCACGCCUCCUGCCAUCAUACCUGUUAAAUGACAGAGAUGAGAACUUGCCCAACUUCAGCGGUCACCUGAUUGACUGGAAAAACUGGUACGAGUAUCUCCCUGAUCUUGUUUGCCGCUGCGCAAAGAAAACGAAGGAAAAAGGCUGGAAAUUGUUUGGAAUUCAGUUUUGGGGUGAAUGCUGGAGCGGCCCUGAUGACUCAGUGUUCUAUAUUGAAGGGCAUGCUCAGCCUGGUAGAUGCGAAGACCAGUGCUUUAAUGACUGCGCCUGCUCGACCAGAUUUUGUGCAGGAAAGAACUUUACCAAUGCUGUAUAUGCUAUCACGGAACAACGCAUCGAUGAAGGAAGCGCUAUGCCGGACAAGGUCAACAUUCUGGGGUAG